AUGGAGACUGAAAACAAUUCAACAGUGACAGAGUUCAUUCUUUUGGGAUUAACAGACAACCCUAUGCUAUGUGCCGUUUUCUUCAUGGUUUUUCUAGCAGUUUAUAUAGUUACCAUAGUGGGAAAUAUUAGCAUAAUCUUCUUAAUCCGAAGCAGCCCACAGCUUCACACCCCAAUGUACCUUUUUCUCAGUCAUUUGGCCCUUGUGGACAUUGGGUAUUCCACAUCUGUUACACCAAUCAUGCUCAUCAGUUUCUUAAGAGAGAAAACGACUAUUCCCGUCACCAGCUGUAUAGCACAGCUUGGCUCUGAUGUCAUGUUUGGAACCACAGAGUGCUUCCUGCUGGCCACUAUGGCCUAUGAUCGCUAUGUGGCUAUCUGCUCUCCCCUACUUUACUCCAUCCAAAUGUCCCCAAUCGUCUGCUUCCUCCUACUGGGAGCCUCCUACCUGGGUGGAUGCAUGAACACUUCGUCUUUUACAGGCUGUUUGAUGAACCUGUCCUUCUGUGGUCCAAAUAAAAUCAACCACUUUUUCUGUGACCUCUUCCCACUCUUGAAGCUUUCUUGUGGUCAUGUUUACAUUGCUGAAAUAUCCCCCGCUAUCACCUCUGCAUCUGUCCUUAUCAGCACGCUAUUUACCAUAAUCGUGUCCUACAUCUACAUCCUCCACUCCAUCCUGAAGAUGCGCUCUACUGAGGGAAGGAACAAGGCUUUCUCCACCUGCACUUCCCACCUCACUGCAGUCACGUUGUUCUAUGGGACCGUUUUGUUUGUUUAUGUAAUGCCCAAGUCAAGCUAUUCAGCGGAUCAGGUCAAGGUGGCAUCUGUGAUCUACACGGUGGUGAUUCCUAUGCUGAACCCCCUCAUCUACAGUCUCAGAAAUAAGGAGGUGAAAGAGGCCAUGAGAAAACUGUUGGCAAAAACACAUUGGUUUUCCUGA